CCUUUCCUUGGUCCCCCUUUGCUCUGCUCAUCCAUGGAGACAAACCACUAGCCCCCAAAUCUCCUAAAUCUUUCUAGUUGCUCUCUCCUGUAACUAUUGCAGCUCCGCCGGCCGGCUGGACGACUCAUCUUUCUUCAAGCCGCUGCAAGCACACAAGAAGAGGGUAAUCGGUUGUCUCCAUGGCCAAAAAUAAAAGAAAGCUUGCAACACUGCAUUCUUUUUUUGAGAAGAAAAGAAGAACUGAUGAUGUUCCAGAACAGAUUAAUUUGGUUGAUGCCCCUCCCUUGGUAGAUGAAGAAGAGCAAGUAGAUGAACAAGAACAAGUAGAAGAAACACCACAUUUCAGUGAGUUAUAUGUGGAUUUCAUUAAUUCUCGUGCGGAGGAUGAGACUACAGUUGAGCACCAUUAUCGCUGUGACAUUUUCAUGGUUGCUGUUGAUCAGCAAGCACAAGAGCUGAAUUGUAGAUUCAACAAACAAGCAACAGAGCUUCUCAUCCUGUGUACUUCCUUGGACCCAAAAGAUUCAUUCCGUUCAUUUAACAUAUAUAAUAUAUGUUCUCUGGCUUCAAAGUUCUAUCCUGCUGAUUUUAAAGAACAAGAAAUGAAUAAUCUAAGAUGUCAGUUACGACAUUACGAAAAUAUUGUACCCACAAGCCCAAAGUUUCAGAAUUUGACAACUAUAUCAGAACUUUGUCAACGACUUGCAUCUAGUGGAAAAUCAGAUGAAUAUUACUUGAUUGACAGGUAUCUAAUGUUCUCUGUUCCUGUAUUGGUUGAUUUAUUCAUUGCUAAAAAUUCCAACUACUUCUUAAUGUGCAGACGCAUUUGGCUUGUUCUUACUUUACCGGUUUCAACGGCAAUGACAGAACGUGCAUUUUCUGCCAUGAAACUUGUGAAGACAAGGCUUCGGAAUAAAAUGGAAGAUGGAUUUCUAAGGGACUGCUUGCUAAUUUAUAUUGAAAAGGAGAUUGCUGUUGGAAUAUCAACAGAUGCAAUUAUAGAUGAGUUCGAUGAACCAUCACGUCGAGUGCCAUUUAGUUGAAGGCCCGGAGCAAGUUAGUUUCUCUAUCUUCUAUUAUCUAGAUUUUUCUUUUGUGUGACGUACAAUUGAAAAAUUGCAUAUCCUCUUGUAUCAACGGUGAAUGGUGGUGUAAUGAAUGAA